AUCAAAAGACCAAUCAGGUCUGAAGCUAUCCUCAGAACAAGUCUUAAAAAGUUGGCUCUUGAGACCCUCCACAAAAUUGAAGGCCAUUUUACACCAGUAAGCAGUCACACCAGCAGAGAUUAUUGCAGUUCUCCACCUUCCUAUCCUGGGCAAGAACCAAUCUAAUCUUCCUCUUUGUCAGAUUAUAUCUGUUGUAUUAGCAUCAAGAAAAUAUCCCCUACCCUGCUUCUGUUCAUUAUAGGUGUACAACCAUGCAGUGCCAAAUGAGAUAACCAAAGCAAAUAUAUCAUUCAGCCAUAUCCAUUCGUAAACCGUCAAAUCAAUACAGGCAAUUUCAUGCUCACAACAUGAUCUGCUUAGUCUAACCACUCCCAUGAAUGCAUCUUAUCAUGGAAUGGGGUCCAAACCAUCCUUCAGUUCAUCCCGACAAUCGUUUUACCCCCCGAACAAACCACGAUUAGCUGUAGUAUCAUAGUAACUCUCAAGUCUUAACCACCCAUCACAGGUCUUAUAUUUUGCCAUUCACCUCCAAAGGCUUUCGAACUCGGCUUCACUCUACAGUCUUUGUAACUAUUCCUAAACAAAUCACCUUUGUUUCUCUCAUUGCCAACAACUAGUCGAGUGGAACACUUCCCAAGAUGAAGUUACUCGGUUGGAUGCAUCGGAAGUUUCGACAAGGUAGCCAUGAACCACUCAAAGAUUUCUCCUUAGGGCAGCCGUCAUUGGAUGACAUACAAUGUUACCCCAAAACAAAUUUCUACACGAAGUCCUCAAGCAAAUCUCAGAGAGACAACCUCCUGCGCAAAUCGUUUGCCGGUCCAGAUGGCGACAGGGCGGACGAGGAGGACUUUGAAGAAGAAUCUUCAGCUGCACUCACUGAACUGUUUCAUGGUUUUCUUGCAAUUGGCACAUUGGGAGGAGACCCUAUCGUGAACGACCCUUCGACCCCGACGUUUUCCAUCUCUGUGGAGAACAUAGCGGAGAAAGAAACAGAAGUGACGGAGAACGAUCUGAAGCUGAUCAAUGACGAGCUGGAGAAGGUGUUGGGAGUAGAGGCCAAAGACGACAUCUCGUCUGGGAGAAGCAGUCAGGUUAGCGCGGGGAGGAGCAGCCACUGCAGCACCAUCACACUCAGCGGCAAGCAGCUCGAGAGCUUAGACAACAGCGGAAACAUUGGAACAAACAUUUGUCCACUCCAAGGUUACCUGUUUGGUUCGGCAAUUGGUCUGCCAGACACAACCAUUGCAAAGAAAGAACCUAGGCCCUCUCUCGGAGAGCUUUUCCAGAAAACCAAGUUAGCAGAUGAAAACUCUGGAGGAGCAAAAUAUGACAGGGGCGAAAAACGUAUGGACAAGGAACACGACAAAUCUGCUGUGCACCUUGUGAAGAAAAUACUGAAGAAAGGAAUGCCCCAUGCCUCUUCCAAGAGCUCAACCGCAGCUUCUGGCUGUACUAUUGAUUCUGCUGCUGCUGAUUCAAAACUGCACAAGAUCCUGAAUAUGUUCCACAGGAAAGUCCAUCCUGAGAGCACAACAACAGCAGAAAAGCUCGACAAGCCCUCCAAAAAUGAGAUCAGGAACAAUCUAAUGUAUGAUGGGGCCUACAACCUUGGAGGUGCUGAAAAUGUCGCCCUGAUGCCUAAGCAACGCAUGUCAAAGGAGAGCAUAAGGCGUCUGAAGAGCCAAUCCAACAUGCAUCAGUUCACCAUUAGUGAUCCUGAUUGUAACGGGAACCGAGAAUGCUGGAUCAAAAGCGACGCAGACUACCUGGUUUUGGAGCUCUAAGACCAAGAACCGGAAACAUCAGAAGCAGCUCAGGUUCACUGCCAGCUAAACCUGCAACAAUGUUUGGGUUAAUGAAACUCUUCUCUAUACUAAUAUGUUUGAGUGAUUGUGUCUUGACAAGGUUGAGAGAGAACUUUAUAGCAUCAUAAUAAGAAAUGUAUUUAAGAGUGUCUUGUCUCUUUGAUUUAUGGUUAUUAUGAGUAUUAUUAUGUACAAAGGUUUGAGAUGUAUGGACCAAGAUGAUCAUGAUUUAUGCAUUAAAGUAUUUGAGAUAUGAAGUUAA